CGAGUAGAUAUGCCAGGAUCAGGCAGUGCUUUUAUUCCCACGAUCAACGCCAUCACAACCAGCCAAGACCUGCAGUGGAUGGUCCAGCCCACUGUCAUCACUUCCAUGUCAAGCCCUUACUCUCGCUCGCACCCCUACAGCCAUCCGCUGCCCCCGCUGUCCUCGGUGGCGGGACACACAGCCCUUCAGCGACCUGGGGUGAUCAAAACCAUCGGGACCACAGUUGGCCGGAGACGAAGAGACGAGCAGCUGUCGCCCGAGGAAGAAGAGAAGCGAAGGAUCCGGAGAGAGAGGAACAAGUUGGCAGCUGCUAAGUGUCGUAACAGGCGUCGAGAGCUAACAGAGAAACUCCAGGCGGAAACUGAAGUGCUGGAGGAGGAGAAGUCCGUGCUGCAAAAGGAGAUCGCUGAGCUCCAGAAGGAGAAGGAAAAGCUGGAGUUUAUGCUGGUGGCUCACAGCCCUGUGUGCAAAAUUAGCCCUGAGGAACGUCGGAGCCCACCAUCCAGCAGCCUCCAGAGUGUUCGGACUGGAGCAAGCGGAGCAGUGGUGGUGAAGCAGGAGCCUGUGGAGGAAGAGAUCCCAUCCUCCUCUUUGGUCCUUGACAAAGCCCAGAGGUCUGUCAUUAAGCCCAUCAGCAUUGCUGGAGGUUUUUAUGGGGAGGAGGCACUCAACACUCCCAUUGUGGUGACCUCAACACCAGCCAUCACUCCUGGCUCCUCCAACUUGGUGUUCACCUACCCCAACGUGUUGGAUCAGGAGUCUCCUCUUUCCCCAUCCGAGUCCUGCUCCAAAGCUCACCGGAGGAGCAGCAGCAGCGGUGACCAGUCCUCGGAUUCCUUGAACUCUCCCACCUUGCUGGCAUUGUAA